AUGGAGGUCUUCAGCUCCUUCUACGCCUUCGCCGACCGCUUCAAACGGCCCAUCUACAUUGCCCAAGCCGUGCUCGUGCUCGGCGCUUUCAUCACAGGAUGCACGCUCGUGGCCAAUACAUCCAUGCCGCGCUCGCCCUUUACGACACUGGUGCUCGUCUACGCCAUCAAGUCCGCCUUGUUCCUUCUCUACCAGUACCUCAGCACGCACAUGGCCCGAUUCAGACGGUUUGCGAGCCUGAAGGCGAACUACAUCCUGUAUCAGCUGGAUUGCUUGCUCUGGUUCACCGCGUUUUUCAUCUCGUGUAUGGGCGGUGGACGCUGUGGGGGCAGUAGUUGUACGCUGAUCGCGGUUGCGACUACGAUUGCGCUGCUGUUGUGUGGGACGUAUUUGUUCACUGCGAUUGGCAUCAAUUGGCCAAAAUGGAGGGCAAGCAUGAAGCUGCCGCAGGUGGAGCAGGUUUGA